AUGCGCAUCACCAUCGCAGCUGGCUUCUUUACCCUCAUUGUGCCUUCUCUUGGCUACGAUGUUCAGUUCUAUACCGGAAUACAGUGCCGAGGCGAACGUCUUGGUGGAGCAGUUGGCUUGACGCCUGAUGAUGGGUGCCAGGACGGCAGCUUGUACAGCAUCAACGCCAAUUCCGUCUACAUUGCUCAAGGAGACACCGAGGAAGACCUUCAAAUCGCUUUUUAUGGGGGUGACAACUGUCCUCUCGAGAACGCAGUCGCAACAGGGAAUGUUGGUGCAUGCCUUAGCGUCGGCGGUGCCUACCAGCAGUUCGAUUCCUACAACGCUUUUCCCAUCAUCCCGCGCAGCAAGCGUGAAGAUUCUGUCCAGUCCCAGGUCAAUGACGACCCUUCGAACUUCCAGCAUGGGGCUUUGUUCGAGGAUGAUGACGGUAUAGCAGAGAACGCUUUCAGAGGCAUACGUGCUGAGGAGUGGUCUUCCACCAUGCGCAUUGCCAACACACAGCCUCUGCCCGAUUUCGACGACAUACACAUUGUCAAACUUGCAGAAGAUCCAAACGAGAACCCUGCUGAGAACGCCAAAGUGAGCGCUGUCCCAUCAGAGCGAAGCCCAAACCCAGCGUACGAGGUCGAACUUGCGCUUAUGCCGCUCGACAACCUUCAACCCUACUGCACCGCCAUCGCUUCAUGCUUCAUUGCUAUCGGCGGCCUUCCUGAGCAGUACUUUCCCCGAUCAACCCAAUAUGUGAUCGCCCAGAUCGAGCGUGCAUGGAGAGCAUCGACCUUGGAAAACCUCUGGACCUUCCUGAAUUCACCCUUCUUUCUUGCCACAGGAGGAGCAUACAUCGCUACGCGCUACAUACCAGCAUCCCCGGACACGCCCGACGCACCGGCGGCUCAAUGUACACAGGGUCAGAAUCUGGCCCUCGACACAGCAGAGCAAUGCAUCAACUGGGUGGCAGCGAGCAGUGGUCGAGGUGAGACCAACAAUGUCCAGUGCACUUUUGUUGAUGAGAGUACGGGCGAGCGGGGAGCGUUGAGCCUGUCAUACCUCCCCAAUAACAUCGAUCCCCAGUGUGGAGCCCCACGCCCGCCUCGUCGCUUGUCAGCGGGAGUUAUCAGCCGUGCCGAGCGGGCUUUGCUGGGCGACGUGCCGGCUCCGCUCGCUUAUUGA